AGAGCAAUGAAGAAAUCUGGAGCGCACAUCAGCCUCAAGACAAAAAAGAAAGCUUCCAAACAGCUUGUGCGGAGUGAACACAGUGAUGGAAACAAAGUUCAGUCUAACCCGGAUCGGGAGCAAAGGAGCGAAGUACAGAGAGAAAAGGCAGAGCUUUCUGGAUCCUCUCCAUUGCUCUUCAGGAAAUUGAGUAAUCCCGAUCUCGCCUGUUCAUCAGGAAAAGUUUCUAAACCCCAACACCAAUUUAGUGAAGAUGAUGCAAAGUUUCGAAGGGGGAGCUUUGGUGGUGCAUUGGGAGGUAAACAUUUGGUCCCACUUUCCAGUGGGUAUGGGCCAUCAACAUGUCGAGUGUCUGCAGAAUCCUCCAAUUUGGUGCGAAUGCGGAAUCAGGCACUGGGGCAGUCAGCUCCUUCUCUAACUGCUGGCAUGAAAGAAUUAAGUUUGCCAAGAAAAGGAAGCUUUUGCCGUACAAAUAACCGGAAAAGCCUAAUUGUGACGUCGAGCACCUCACCAACGCUACCACGUCCGCAUUCACCGCUGCCAGGGCACACAGGUAGCAGUCCCCUCGACAGUCCAAGGAAUUUUUCUCCCAACGCAGCAGCUCAUUUUUCAUUCAUACCAGCAAGAAGGACUGAUGGACGCCGGUGGUCCUUGGCCUCCCUGCCAUCUUCUGGAUAUGGAACCAAUACACCCAGUUCCACAGUCUCUUCAUCCUGCUCGUCACAGGAGAAACUUCACCAGCUGCCAUAUCAACCCACGGCCGAUGAACUGCAUUUCCUCAGCAAGCACUUCAGCACAGAGAGCAUCACAGAUGAUGAUGGACGACAGUCUCCUGCCAUGCGUCCUCGAUCACGUAGCCUCAGUCCCGGGAGAUCCCCUUGUUUCUAUGACAAUGAGAUAGUAAUGAUGAACCAUGUGUAUAAAGAAAGAUUUCCCAAGGCCACGGCUCAAAUGGAAGAGAACCUCCAGGAGUUCAUCAAAUCUAGUGCUCCUGAGAAUGUGUUGCCAUUAGCUGAUGGGGUUCUCAGCUUUAUCCACCACCAGGUGAUUGAGCUGGCUAGGGACUGCCUGGCUAAAUCCCGAGAUGGGCUCAUCACUUCCAGAUAUUUCUUUGAGCUGCAAGAGAACUUGGAGAAGCUACUGCAAGAUGCUCAUGAACGGUCUGAGAGUUCAGAGGUGACAUUUGUGACCCAGCUGGUGAAGAAGCUGAUGAUCAUUAUUGCCCGGCCAGCACGACUGCUAGAAUGCCUGGAGUUUGAUCCUGAAGAAUUUUAUCAUCUAUUGGAAGCAGCUGAAGGCCAUGCCAAAGAAGGACAAGGAAUCAAAUCUGAUAUUCCACGCUAUAUCAUCAGUCAGCUGGGGCUCACCAGGGAUCCCUUGGAGGAAAUGGCCCAGUUAACCAGCUAUGACAGUGGCAGUACAGAACCCCCAGAAACUGAUGAUUGUUUAGAUGGUCGUGGCGCUACGUUUAAUGCAAAGAAAACUCCAUGUGAGGAAGACUUCGAAAACCUAAAGCUGAUUAGCAACGGAGCCUAUGGAGCGGUCCAUCUUGUGAGACAUAAGGAGACACGACAGAGGUUUGCUAUGAAGAAAAUUAACAAGCAAAACCUCAUUCUACGGAACCAAAUCCAGCAAGCAUUUGUUGAAAGAGAUAUCCUGACCUUUGCUGAAAACCCUUUUGUUGUAAGCAUGUUCUGCUCUUUUGAGACAAAACGGCAUCUUUGUAUGGUGAUUGAAUAUGUAGAAGGUGGGGACUGUGCAACUUUACUGAAGAAUAUUGGUGCUUUGCCUGUUGAAAUGGCCAGGAUGUAUUUUGCAGAAACCGUGCUGGCUUUAGAAUACCUGCACAAUUACGGCAUUGUUCACCGAGACCUCAAGCCAGACAAUCUUCUCAUCACUUCAAUGGGUCACAUCAAGCUGACAGAUUUUGGACUUUCAAAGAUCGGUCUGAUGAGUCUCACUACCAAUUUAUAUGAAGGGCACAUUGAAAAAGAUGCAAGAGAAUUUCUUGACAAGCAGGUUUGUGGAACCCCAGAAUACAUCGCUCCUGAAGUGAUACUGCGACAGGGCUAUGGGAAACCAGUGGAUUGGUGGGCCAUGGGAAUAAUACUAUAUGAAUUUCUGGUGGGAUGCGUUCCAUUUUUUGGAGAUACUCCAGAAGAACUAUUUGGACAAGUAAUUAGUGGUAAAUCAAUAGCUUGGCCUGAUGGAGACGAAGCAUUGCCACCAGAUGCUGAGGACCUCAUCUCAAAACUGCUAAGGCAAAAUCCAUUAGAACGGCUGGGUACAGGAAGUGCCUAUGAAGUUAAGCAGCAUCGGUUCUUCUCAGAUUUGGAUUGGAAUAGUCUGCUUCGUCAGAAGGCAGAAUUUAUUCCUCAGCUUGAGUCAGAAGACGACACCAGUUACUUUGAUACACGAUCUGACAGGUACCACCACCUUGAUUCUGAUGAAGAAGAUGACACCAAUGAUGAUGACCAUGUAGAAAUUAAACAGUUCUCAUCAUGUUCACCGAGAUUCAGCAAGGUUUAUAGUAGCAUGGAACGGCUUUCACUACUUGAAGAGAAAAAAACACCACCCCCAACCAAGCGCAGCUUCAGUGAAGAGAAGGAAGACAGAACAGACAGAUUGGAUGGGCUUAGUGGCCUGAAGACACGAGACAGGAGCUGGAUAAUUGGCUCUCCUGAAAUUAUCAGAAAGCGCAUGUCAUUGUCAGAAUCUUCCCACACUGAAAGUGAUUCCAGCCCUCCACUAACAGUGAGACGCCGUUGCUCAACGCUAAUAGAGAUGCCACGCUUUUCCAUAUCUGGAGAAGAAGAAGUAAAGAAGCAGCAAGCAACCAGAACGUGGGAGGAUGUAUCCUUAACUAUUCCAGAACAGCCUACAGAGAAGGAUCUUACUCUGCAGGUGGAUGUUAUGCCAGCCACACCUGCCUCAGCAAACAGUAAUAUCAGCAGCUCAACUUUGACUGCUAGCAGCACUGCUGACUUAUCUGAUCAGAGGUCUCGUAGUAACAGUACUGAGGGAUCAGACUCUUCGACUCCAAAAGCAAUCAGCGACCUAGCAGUCCGCAGAGCUCGACACAGGCUAUUGUCUGGAGAAUCGACUGAGAAGCGGACUUCCAGGCCUGUCAAUAAAGUAAUCAAAUCAGCUUCUGCAACUGCCUUGUCCCUUAUGAUCCCUUCAGAUCAUCAUACUGGUUCUCCUUUAGCCAGCCCUAUGUCACCACGUUCUUUGUCGUCCAAUCCAUCUUCACGGGAUUCUUCACCAAGCCGAGAUUUUUCUCCUGCAGUAAGCAAUCUGAAGCCUCCAAUCGUUAUCCACAGAGCUGGGAAAAAAUAUGGGUUUACUCUUCGAGCUAUCCGAGUAUACAUGGGAGAGAGUGAUAUCUUUACAGUUCAGCAUAUGGUCUGGCAUGUUGAGGGUGAUGGGCCUGCCCACGAUGCUGGCCUGCGUGCAGGGGACCUGAUAACUCAUGUAAAUGGAGAACCUGUCCAUGGUCUGGUGCACACAGAAGUGGUGGAGCUCAUAUUAAAGAGUGGAAACAAGGUUUCAAUAUCAACAACUCCUUUUGAGAAUACUUCAAUCAAGGUUGGGCCAGCUCGCCGAUCGACUCACAAGUCAAAGAUGGCAAGGAGGAAUAAGAAGACUAAAACAAAAGAUGGCCAAGAGAGUAAGAAAAGGAGUUCCCUCUUCCGAAAGAUAACAAAACAAGCAUCGUUGCUACAUACGAGUCGGAGUUUGUCCUCCCUGAAUCGAUCACUUUCAUCUGGAGAAAGUGUGCCAGGUUCACCAACACACAAUCUUUCCCCUCGCUCACCAACACAGAAUUACAGAUCCACACCAGAUUCUACACAUUCAGUUGCCGGCAAUUCAUCUCAGAGCAGCUCUCCCAGUUCCAGCGUGCCCAAUUCUCCAGCCAGUUCUGGUCACAUUCGUCCAAGCUCUCUCCAAGGACUGGCACCUAAGCUUCAACGGCAGUAUAGGUCACCAAGACGCAAAUCUGCAGGAAACAUCCCUCUCUCUCCCCUUGCUCGCACUCCAUCACCCACUCCACAACCAACUUCCCCUCAGCGCUCCCCAUCUCCAUUACCUUCACAUUCUCUGGGGAGUUCCAACACAGCACAAUCAUUCCCAGUUAAAUUACAUUCAUCACCCCCACUCGUCAGGCAGAUCUCCAGGCCCAAAAGUGCUGAACCACCAAGAUCACCAUUAUUAAAAAGAGUCCAGUCUGCUGAAAAAUUGACUGCCACUUUAUCAUCUGAAAAGAAGCUAUCAUCUUCCCGAAAGCAUAGCCUGGAUAUAUCACACUCUGAAUUCAAGAAGGAAAUGCUGCAGAGAGACCCCAGUCUACAGAGUUUACAGGAAUCUGCCAAUGAAUCAUCAGGCAGUAAACGUGGCCCUGCAGAAAAGGGAACUCUGAAGCAACCUGCUGCUAGAAAAAUUGGUAGGCAAGAACCUUCAGAAGGAAUGAAUAGGGGAAAGCUAAAUGACAAACUAGUAGCAAUAAGACAUGAUAGGGCAGAAAGGAGAGAAGCUCUACAAAAGCAGGAUGCCAUUCGUGAGGUAGAUAUCUCUGAAGAUGAAAGUGAUGAAGGUUCAGAAGACAGUCAGGAAGGAAAGAAGUUGCAUUGGCCUGGUGUUCAGAAAGAAGAUUCAAAUUUAGAUGAAAUUGGUUGUGCCUCACAUAAAGCAGGAAGCAGGGAUUCUUCAGAAGAUGACCUCAGCUCUGCAUUCGUUUCUGAGGCGAAAGAAAUGAGGUCUACAGAAAUGAACUUAACUCUGCUUCCAGAGCGCAAAGUUGGGAGAACCAUAUUGGGUAGUGCCACGCCACAUAAAAUGGGAGAACCUUAUCAAGCAGAAGAUUGUACAAUCAACACAGUGCAAGGAGAAAAACCCAUGUCAGAACAUGCUGCCUCUGGCAUCCAGAAGAAUGGCCAACUUAAAACAGAUUCCAAUGACUUAAAAGCUGUUGAAACAGAACAACCUGUGACAGAUAGUGCCACUACAAAGAAUAAUGACCCCCCCAAGACUAUAUUAAUGCAAAAAGCCCCAGAGGAAGCAUCAAGCCAAACGCUCAGAAAGGCAGCACCAUUCAAAAUACAGCAAGGCAUUCAAACCAGUUUGUUAGAAACUAGCAAGGAUAACUAUAGCACUCCUUUUAAUCAAAUGAUGCACUUAUCAAAGGAUGCACAUCAGAAACUAUCAGAAGCAACUGAUAAACUAAUUGCAUGCUAUACCCCUAUGGCUGACAAUUUGCUUUUCAAAUCGGGAUCCCCUCAAAUCUCAAAACCAUCCAAGAAGGUUGAAGAUUCUAAGAAGUUGACCAUUGGCAAUGAAUGCAAGGCAAAGGAUGAGAUCAAAGGGCAAAGUGCAAAUAAACAAAAAGAUCCAUUUGAAAUUAGAGAAAAGCCUCUUCAGUCAAAUAAUGCUAAGUGUCAAGAAGCAGUUAAACAAUCCACUGUUGGGGAAUUUGAAGGAAAAUUAAGCCAAAGUGAGCAAAGGUUAAAGGAAAAUGAAGAGUUGCACACUAAAAGUCAACUUGCCUCCAGCAUGGAAAGCACUGGCUCAAAAUAUUCUCCAGUUAGCUUUGCUAAAACACCUUUUGUUUCCCAUUUAGCUACUGUUGCCAAAAAUGUGCUGGGUCCAGUGAAAUUGGCUAUCCCUGGGAUAACAGAGACAGAGAGGAGGAAAGAAUUGGGGUCAGAAGAUUUGAUGGUCAGGAAUGAAAAGCAAGUGUCACAAUUUACCACAUUUCAACCCGCAAUUGUGUCAAAUAUCACAGCACCCUCGCCAUUACCUGCAAAUGCAAAAUCACAAUUCGAAGAAAAGGUCAUGGUUUGUGGAUCACUGUUAAAGCCUGACCGAGUCACAAGAGCAUUAAGUGAACAAAGAAUUUUGCAAAAUACUACAGAAAGUUCGUUAUCAAGAGAACAACAACCUUGUGUGGAAAAAUGUGAGAAAGAUCAAUCUGGAAUCUGUCAAUUCAAAACUAAACAACCUGCAGACAAGAAAGGACAAGAUUCCCAGCUAUCACAAAAAUUUACGUGAUAAUUUGAAGAAAACAUAGUCGAAAAUUUCUAGUUGUCCACAAGUGGUCAUCAGCAUCUAACUAAAAUAAAACCUUCUUUUGGAGGUUUCGUAAAGCUGCAUGUUUGACUUUUUUUCCAUUUGCAAAAGAACUCAGUAAGAUGGUUGUGAAUAGUUUAGCAUAUCCUUAACACUAUAUUCAGUUUUGGGGACAAUGCUUGUGCUGCCAAAAAGCUACUGUUUUACUUUUAUUUAGAAGAGAGCUGACAUAUCAGAAUAUCUGGUGUUAAUUUUUCCAUCCUCUUUAUUGCUAGCAUCAAGUUUGAUCUUGUAUUGGACCAGCAAUCUUUUCGAAGGUAGCAAAGUGGAUGGUAACUCCUGUGUACACUGUGAUUCUAUGAGAAAUGCCAUAAUGCACAUGAAUGCAUCAAGUCGUUUAUCUUAUUUGUCACCUUUGUUUUCUACAUUUUCAAAUUUAACUGAUUCCCAUUUACAAAAUGCCUCUAUAUUGUGCAUUAAUAGCAAGCAGAGUCUCUGAUGUAUAAGUACAGGACAGAUUUGCCAACAAAGCCGUGAUCAAAGCCUAUGCUUUACAAUUUACUGGAUUCGUCAUUGUUAUAAAGUUGCCUGAAUCCUUAGCUCUGUAAUGUAUUUUGUCACUAUGCAAAGUAAUACAUUCCUGCAGAGUGCUUCAAGAGUGUAAUGUAAUUUUUCUUUUUUUUGUAUUAAUGUAUCUGAGAAAUGUAUCUUAUUUAUUGUAAAUAUAUACAUGACAGUCUUGGAUGUCUUUAUGGGUUUGUGCCACAUAGAUAUUUUGUCUUGGAGGGAUGUAGUGAAUGUGUAAUGGAAGUGCUUUCACAAAUAGAGGAAAGCAUUAAAAAAAAAUUUAGUAUUUAAUCAACACGUAAUCACCACCAACUGUGGUGCAGUAGGGAUUUUUGUGUUCCGUUUUUACUGCAUGUUGGCUUAAACCCAUUCCUUUCAAAUAUACAGGACUUAACAUGAUACAAAUUGAGUAAGUUGAUUAAUAUACAAGACCCAUAAGUUCAUGAUUUUUUUUAUCACUUGCUUCACCCUUCUUAAAAACUUCCCAUGACAACAAUGUAAAAAAUUUUGUGUUGGGUUUCAGCUGAUGUGCAUGAUUUAUGUUUGGUGUAACUCCUCCUCUGUUCAUCUUAUAUCAUGUUUUUGUUAAUAAUAUAUUGCACUAAUAGAACUGGAGCUUUAGCUAGCCUAACAAUCUUAGAUUGCUUUGUUUUACUAGCAGCUACAUUCAGCUAAAUGUGUCAGUUAGUUGAACUGAGUAAGUUAGACUGUCAGUGAUUAAUACUGACUAAAUUUUAAUGGCUGUGUUUGAUUUUUUUAUAUAAAAAACAAAAAUAGUAAAAAAAAGUUCUGUGGACUUUAUGGCACUGUGGAACCUAUACCUGCAGUGCAUCUGACUGAUUAUUGCUAUAAUGUUUUCAUUCAAAGUUAAUGAGGAAAAUACUUGAAAUAAAAGGGUUAUGUUUAC